CGGAGGGGGCGGAGCUUCGCUACUCAUCAACACGGCUGCUGCCUGUUGUUGUUCCGCUCCAUGCUAAUGCUAACGGCUAACAGUCUGUCAAGAUGUCGUCACACCGGCACACGGAGCGACGCUCGCGCUGCUAACCUCUCGCCUUGUUCCGUCGGUCCGUUAGCUCGGCUUAGCGCUGAUUAACCCCGGUUAUCUGUCCCUCUCCGGGUCUGACCACCCGGUUUUAUCGAUGCUAACCGCUUAGGACUGUUAGCAUGUCCUAGUGUUAUCAAUGCUAGCCUCCUUGGCUGUUUAGCAUUUAGCUCCCGUUGUGUUGGCCCGUUAGCGCUGUGUUGUAACUUUAACCCUAACCCGGGACAUUUCCGUGAUAAUGCGCAGCCGUGUGCAGACAGCAGAGGUUGUUAAUGUCGGGACGUGUUGUUCUCCGGAGCUAACAGCUGCUAGCAGCUAACGUUAGCUGCUAGCUCUUGUCUUUGUUCGGAGCCGUUAGCUCGGACUGUUAGCAUAGCUAGCCGGUAGAUUAGAUUAGAAGAUAAAACCGUGUGUAUAUCCGCGAGCUGUCAGCUGUUUCCGGGCAGAUUACAGGGUUUUAUUAGAUUUUGUGGCUGACAUGCAGCGGCCAGCUCCUCCAGCUGUGUAGUCACCUUCAUCGUCAUCAUCAUCAUCCGGGUCACUAUGGCCCUCCGAGCCGCAGGCUACCUGCUCAUCCUCUCAGGGUGCAUUGCUGCAUCUCAGAGGAACGACAAUGUCUACGUGUCGGGGAUUUCUAACGCAUGUGGAGAUGUAGCGGAGCUGCUGAGGGGGUCCAGUGGGGUGAUCACCAGUCCUGGUUGGCCCUUCCAGUACCCGUCCAGACUCAACUGCAGCUGGACCAUUAGAGCCCGGCCCGGGGACGCCAUCACCAUCAGUUUCCAGGACUUUGACCUGCAGGGCUCCCACCGCUGUUCUGCAGACUGGAUGUCUGUCAGUAGCUACCGGAGCCUCGACGGUCUGAGGGUCUGUGGCUCCUCGCUGCCGCCGCCGUACCUCUCGUCCCAGGACCACGUCUGGAUCCACUUCCACUCCGACGCCAGUCUGACGGGGAAAGGCUUCCGCCUCUCCUACGUCACGGGGACGCCGGAGGCGUCGGGCUGCGACGUGGACCAGUUCCACUGCUCCAACGGGAAGUGCAUCCCGGACUGGUGGCGCUGCAAUGCCAUGGACGAGUGUGGAGACAACUCGGACGAGGAGCUGUGUGUGGAGUCCCCCUUCUCCUUCCAGCCCUGCAGCCUGAACCAGUUCCCUUGCCUGUCCCGCUACACCCGCAUCUACACCUGCCUGCCGCACAGUCUGCGCUGCGACGGCAGCAUCGACUGCCAGGACCUGGGGGACGAGAUCGACUGUGACGUUCCCACCUGUGGAGAACGUCUGAGGAACUUCUACGGAUCCUUCAGCUCCCCCAACUACCCCGACUUCUACCCCCCAGGGAGUAACUGCACCUGGCUGAUUGACACCGGGGACCACCGCAAGGUCAUCCUCAGGUUCACAGACUUUAAACUGGACGGGACCGGGUACGGAGACUACGUGAAGGUGUACGACGGCCUGGAAGAAAACCCUCGCCGCCUCCUCCGGGUGCUCACAGCAUUUGACUCCCGAGCGCCGGUUGCCGUGGUUUCAUCGUCCGGUCAGCUCCGAGUUCAUUUCUAUGCCGACAAGAUCAACGCCGCCAGAGGCUUCAACGUCACCUACCAAGUGGACGGGUUCUGCCUACCAUGGGAGGUGCCCUGUGGGGGGAACUGGGGCUGUUAUACAGAGCAGCAGCGCUGUGACGGGUACUGGCACUGUCCCAACGGCCGGGACGAGCUCAACUGUUCUUCGUGCCAGGAGGACGAAUUCCCCUGUUCCAGAAACGGAGCGUGUUACCCUCGAUCGGACCGCUGCAACUACCAGAACCGCUGCCCCAACGGGUCUGACGAGAAGAACUGCUUCUUCUGCCAGCCGGGCAACUUCCACUGCAAGAAUAACCGCUGUGUGUUUGAGUCGUGGGUGUGUGACGCCCAGGACGACUGCGGCGACGGCAGCGACGAGGAGAGUUGUCCCGUCAUCGUCCCCACGCGUGUCAUCACGGCGGCCGUCAUCGGCAGCCUCAUCUGUGGUCUCCUAUUGGUCAUCGCUCUGGGCUGCACCUGCAAGCUGUACUCGCUGCGCAUGUUCGAACGCAGGUCCUUUGAGACCCAGCUGUCCAGAGUGGAGGCGGAGCUGUUGCGCAGGGAAGCCCCACCCUCCUAUGGCCAGCUGAUCGCCCAGGGACUGAUCCCUCCGGUAGAGGACUUCCCCGUGUGCUCCGGGAGCCAGGCGUCCGUCCUGGAGAACCUGCGACUGGCGGUCCGGUCCCAGCUCGGCUUCACCUCGCUCCGCCUCCCAUCCUCCGGUCGCCAUAGCAACCUCUGGCGCCGCCUCUUCACCUUCUCACGGUCGCGGCGCUCUGGUUCUCUGGCGCUGGUGUCGGCGGACCUGGAGGACAGCGCAGGGACGGCGAGCAGCUCCGGCUCGGAACCGCCGUCUCCGGACUCGGACGACACAGACACAGAGACGGAGCGGGGUCGGGGGGGCGGCGCCGUGGGCGGACCCGUGGCCCCGCUGCCACACAAGACCCCGCCCUCUUCAGCCGUGGAGGCUGUGGUCUCUGUGACGACGUCCGCUCCCUUCCCGACGCCCGUUUGCGACCGCGUCCGUCCCCGAGAGGUCCCUCCCCCUUCCAGCCCUGUCACCUUGGUGACGUCCUGCGAUCCAGAGUGUCCCGGCAACGAGCCACAGGCCCCGCCCCCCUCCGCCCUGCAGCGGCUGGCCCAGAACCUGCACCGCCUCGCCAGGAACCUGACGGGAAGCGGCCAGAACGAGCCGGAGCCAGUCUGGACCAAUCACAGCCCGCUGCGGCAGCUGGAGACCGGAAGGGGCGGGGCCGAAGUCUGGACCAAUCGCAGCCCGCUGCGGCAGCUGGAGACAGGAAGGGGCGUGACCGCGGAGGAAGAAGAAGACGUGGAGCUUCUGAUCCCGGACUCGGACUCCUCGCUCAACGAUGCUCGCACGCCGCUGCUGGAGACACGCCCCCCCACCUACGCCCCUGCCAGCCCCGCCCCCCGCCGUCACCGUGGAAACGGUCCCUGUGAACACUGCGGGAUAGUCCACACGGCCCAGAUCCCCGACGCCUGUCUUGAGGCCGCCGCGGGGAAGACAGAGAGCAGUGACGACGAGCUGCUGCUGCUCUGCUAGCAGGCUAACUGACUAGCAGGCAAACUGACUACCAGGCUAACUUACAGGCUACCUGACUACCAGGUUAACUCCCAGGCUAACUGACUACCGGGCUAACUGACUACCGGGCUAACUGACUACCGGGCUAACUGACUACCGGGCUCACUGACUGUCAAGCUAACUGACUGUCAAGCUAACUGACUGUCAAGCUAACUGACUGUCAAGCUAACUGACUGUCAAGCUAACUGACUAGCAGGCUGUCUGUCUCCGUCUGAAAGACCUAACCACUGCAGAUAACACGAUGUACCCACAGUCAGCUAGCUAGCAUGCUAGCUGACUGCCUGACCAUCACACUCUGGACUGCAGCUAGCCGUAAUAGACUACAACUACACCUGUUAGCAUGUUAGCUAGAUAAUGGUUAGCACUGUGUGAUGUCAGAGAUGAAGGGACCAAUCAGAGACGUGGGAGUGAUGUCAGAGAUUGGAGUGUAACGUUGGUGCGAUUACUAUUAAAACUCUCCGGUCCAUCUGUUAACACCCCCCGCCCCCCCACUGGUACUG